AUGGCGAGCAAAGCACCCGUCUAUUUCGUUUCUCAUGGCGGUCCAAACACAAUGUACGACAACAAACACCCGGUAUGGGCUGAACUGCAAGCGAUAGGCCGUGAAAUCACGCAAAAAGUGAAGCCAUCGGCCAUCGUUGUCUUCAGCGCGCACUGGCAGGCCCAGCGACCCAACACGAUUGAAGUCAACAUCUCGGAGCAGGAGCCCUUGCUGUAUGACUUCUACGGCUUCCCCAGACACUACUAUGCCGAGAAGUUCCCCAACAAGGGGUCGCCGGAACUCGCGCGGAAAAUCAUGGGGCUGUUGAACGACAAUGGGGUUCGCACGCAGGAGGAGGAACGAGGGCUGGACCACGGCGCGUUCGUCCCGUUCAAGGUCAUGUUCGACCUCAAGGAGAACCCGGUCAAUGUGCCGAUCGUGCAGGUCAGUCUGUUCGAUGACGACACGGAUGCCGAGGCGCAUAUCAAGUUGGGCCGGGCGGUGCAGAACCUCCGUGAAGAGAACAUCGUGAUCAUCUGCUCGGGCAUGUCCAUCCACAAUCUACGGCAUUUCAUGAUGGGAGGAGGCAGGAGUGGAAAUCUGCCCGGCUUUGCGAAUUUCGACCAGGCGCUCAAGGAUGCGGCCGAGACAAAGCCUGGCUCACAUAGGGAUGAAUUGAUGGUAAAGCUGCUGCAGCGGUCAGAUGCCAGACUUGCACAUCCUACCUUCGAACAUUUGCUGCCGGCUCACAUCGCCGUGGGUGCUGCGGGCGAGGACAAGGGUAAGCAGUUGUUCACACUGGUAGAAGGACCCCUUGCAUGGGCACAGUAUCGGUUUGGUGAGGUCGCCGCCGCGAGUUGA